CAAGAUGGCAGCCUCCGUGUGUCGGUGCUAUGAACUGGUCGGCAGACGUGCUUUGGCUCUCUACUCUCGGCCUCUGGUGUCUUCAGUGUGGAGAGGAGAUGUCUACAGGAUACAUUACAGCCCUGCAGCAGCUGUGCAGGUGCGGUAUUCUUCCGGCCGUAAAGGUUUCCUUGGAGAAUUUGUUGACAACCUGCGUCAGGAGUUCGGUAAGAAUCAGGAGAUGAAAGAAAACAUAAAGAAGUUCAGAGAAGAAGCCAAGAGGCUCGAGGAGUCUGAUGCUCUCCAACAAGCCCGCAGAAAAUAUAAAUCCAUAGAGGCUGAGACUGUGAAGACCUCAGAGGUGUUUAAGAAAACAUUUGGCUCUCUGUCAGACACCGUCAAGGAGGGUCUAGAGGAAGUGAGUCGCACUGACAUUGGAAAGAAGAUAAAGGAAGGAGUGGAGGAGGCAGCGAGGACUGCUAUGCAGUCAGCUGAGUCUGUUUCUAAAGGAGGAGAGAAACUGGGCAAAACUGGUGCAUUCAGGGCCAUCUCACAGAGUGUGGAGACCAUGAAGAAGGAGAUAGAUGUUGGUGAUGCUGGCCCCUACAGAGCUCCUUCUCAGCUGAGAAAGAGAAGCGAUUUCUCCUCAAAGGGAGCCGACAGCGAUUCCAGAGUGUUUGAGGCCAACGAAGAGGCUAUGGGUGUCGUUCUCCACAAGGAUUCUAAGUGGUUCCAGCAGUGGAAGGACUUCAAGGACAACAAUGUUGUUUUUAACAGGUUUUUUGAGAUGAAGAUGAAGUAUGAUGAAAGUGAUAACGCCCUCAUCAGAGCGUCCAGAGCUGUGACUGACAGAGUCACUGACUUCCUAGGUGGUCUUUUCUCAAAGACAGAAAUGUCCGAGGUGCUCACGGAGAUUGUUAAAGCAGACCCAACCUUCGACAAAGACUCUUUUCUCAAACAGUGUGAGAAAGAUAUCAUCCCUAACAUACUAGAGGCUAUUAUCCGUGGAGAGCUGGAUGUGUUGAAAGACUGGUGUUAUGAAGCCACGUACAGUCAACUGGCUCACCCAAUCCAGCAGGCCAGAGCACUCGGGCUGCUCUUCCAGUCCAAAAUCCUCGACAUUGACAACAUAGAUCUCGCAAUGGGUAAGAUGAUGGACCAGGGUCCUGUCCUCAUCAUCACUUUCCAGGCUCAGGUUGUCAUGGUGAUUCGCAGCCCCAAAGGAGACAUAGUGGAGGGAGAUCCGGGUAAGGUGAUGAGGAUGAUGUAUGUUUGGGCAUUGUGUCGUGACCAGGAGGAGCUGAACCCCAAUGCAGCCUGGAGACUCCUGGAUAUCUCCGCCUCCAGCACUGAGCAGGCCCUCUAGGUGGUGGAGGUGGAGGCAGGCAGAAAGGAUAAUAUGGGACUUAUAAACUGUGAAGAAGAGGAGAAGAUACAAGGAUGUGCUGGGAAUGCCUGCACAUACUGACUCACAGCGGUCAUGUAUAUAGGUUUGAAUAUAUACAUGAACAUAGAGAUAAACUAACAGAAUAUGAUAUAUCCAUUCAAAACUGUGCAUCCAACAGUGUGAGUGUGUAGCCUCCUGCAAUGGUUAGCAAAGUGUUUGGGUUUCCAGUACUUGCACAUUAACUUUGAAAUGAAUGGAACCAUUUCAAAGGAACAACAGAUGCCAUGUUCCUCCUUUUCUUCUAACUUUGAAGUCUAUCACUGCAUUGACAACAUGGACUUAGCAGUGGUGAUAUGUAUGAUGGUAAUUGUAAAUGUUGCAGCAACCAAGAAAGCUAGUGGGACAGCCAAACAGAUGUUGCAGAUCAAGGCAAAUAAUCCAAGGCUUUGGCUCAUUUAGAUUAUUAAUAUAUUGCGAAGAGCACUAUAUGGUGGCACAGUGGUUAGCUCUGUUGCCUCACAGCAAGAAGCUUCCUGGUUGUACAGGGGCCCUUCUGUGUAGAGUUUGCAUGUUCUCCCUCUCCAUCAGGGCUUCUUUCCAGGUACUCCUUCCACCGUCCAAAAAAAUGCUGGUUAGAUUAAUUGGUGACUCUAAAAUUCUCUGGGGGGUGAGUUGGAGCAUGCCUGGUUGUUUGUUUCUAUAGGUCAGCCCUGGGAUUGACUGGCAACCAGUACAGGGUCCACCUCUUGCCCAGUGACAGCUGGGAUCAGGUCCAGCCCCCCAGUUACUUGGGGACAAGCAGUAUGGACAGUGAAACCAUUUCAAUGGCUUCUUUGAUUUAAAGUCCAUCCAUCCAUCUUCUUCUGCUCAUUCGAGGUUGAGUCACGGUGGCAGCAAGUGAAGUACGUCAACUAAGACGUCCCACUCCUCAGUAACUUUUUCGAGUUCCUCCUGAGGGAUUCUGAGUCACUUCCAGGCCAGAUGGGAUAUACAGUUCCUCCAGCAAGUUCUGGGUAUGCCCGAGGUCUUCUCCCAGUUGGACGUGCCUGGAAGACCUCCACAAGAAGAAAUUUUGAUCAGAUGCCAGAAUCACCUCAACUUGCUCCUUUCAGUGUUUCAGUCAUUAACUUUGUGUAACCGAAAUAAUGGGAUUGCGGGCUCAAGUAGUCAAAAUGAGACUUCUCUGGAGGGUGUCUGGGCUCAGCCUUAGAGAUAACCAUGAGAAGAGUAGAGCCACUGCUCCCUCACAUUGAAAGGAGCCACUUGAGUUGAUUUAAAGUGGAGCUGUCUUAAAGUUGGAGGAGGCAACUUUUUUAAAAAAAGGAAAACAACAUUUGGUGAGAAUCUUGAAAUUUUAAACAAGAGUAAUGUUGAGUCAAUCCCUCCAAACACACAAACAUUUAUGCCUCACUUUCUGCCAUUCUUGUAUAACUAGCUUGUUAAUGUUAGCUUCUGGAAGUCUCAACAUUUUCAUUUCUACAUGUGUAGGCGGGUGAGUGGUUGGUAAGUUGGCCAUAAAGCAGCCCUACAAUCAUUUAAACAUAUCAGAGCAACAAAAGAAACCUUAGAAAAUAUUACCUUGUUUGUAUUUUCAUCAGGUAAUACAAGCAGUAUAUGUUCUCUCAAGCUUCAUUGAGCUUCCAGGAACUGUACAAACCUGUACUGUAAGAAGAAAUGUAUCUAAACUUUUGUAAAUAUAUUAAGUGUUAUGUUAAGUGUCUUAAUAAGCUUGGGUGGGACCACAUGUCAUCAUGGCAGCUUUUUUUUUUGUUAAAAGAUCAUCUACAACAUCAUGUUGUACAUUCUUCAUCUGUUGUACUAAAAUGUUUGUUCACAUUUCUGUAUGUUGCUUUACAAGGACUAA